AUGAGUGUUUGGGACCUGGAGAGGGCUGAAGUCCCCGUUUAUUCAGCUCAAGCACACAAGUCCAUUGUGAACGCCAUAGACGGCUGUGGAGGUCAGAACAUUGGCAGUGGAGCGCCCGAGAUCGUCACAGGAGGACGAGAUGGCUGCAUCCGAGUCUGGGACGUUCGUGUACCUGAGCCGGUGGUGACGCUGGCUCCUAAGGAGCAAGACACGGCACGAGACUGCUGGACUGUCUGCUUCGGUAACUCCUACAACGACGUGGAGCGCUGCGUCGUUGGAGGCUACGACAACGGAGACAUCAAGAUGUUCGACCUGCGCACCAACACGCUGCGAUGGGAGACCAACUGCCAGAACGGCGUCGUCAAUGUGCAAUUCGAUCGCAAAGACAUUGAGAUGAACAAACUGCUGGUGACGACACUCGAGUCCAAGUUCCGUGUCUACGAUCUGCGGACAUUCCACCCGGAGCAAGGCUUCGCUUGUAUGACGGAGAAGGCGCACAAGUCCACGAUCUGGCAGGGACGUUUCUUACCGCAGAACCGUGACUUGUUCAUGACUGGCGGAGGCAACGGUGGCUUCAAUCUGUACAAAUACCACUACCCGCUGUCGAGAACGGCGAAAGACUCGGACGGAAGACUGUACGGUGUCUGUGGCACCGUGGAGCUGCUCAACUCGCGUGUACUGUCCACACAGCCGAUUGUAAGCAUGGACUGGAGUCGGGAUCGCGAGGGUCUCUGCACUUUGGCGUGCUUGGACCAGACCGUCCGCGUCUACAUCGUCACCAAAACCAACAAGUACUAAGCGGAACAAUUAUAUUGAAAAAAA